AUGCAGACUGGUGUGCAGGAAAAUAAUGAGGAGGUCGAACUUGCGCGCCACAACGUGUCCCUCUUUGAGCUGUCAAGCGAAGCCAAUUUAAAAGUAAACAUCAUAAACGACGACCAGCAGCUGGUAAAUCAUUACAAAAGGAAACUUGCAAGUAAAAAAAUGCAAACGGUUAAAUAUUUUGAUAUAGAUAUAACGGAUGAUGUAAAGGACAUUAAGGAUGCUUUUUGUAACCCCAUAGGAUUGAAUGCUGAAGACCAUGAGGACGAUUACUUUGAAUUUAAAAUUAAAAAGUUUAUGUCCUCUUUCGGUGAAGACUCUUACGCAAGGAAAGUUCUUUUGAGCGAUGUGGACAUCACAGUGAAUUGCGUCUCCGGUGGGGACAAGCCCGCGGGGGAUGGCAAUUUUGCCUACCUGUUCAGCAUUUGCCCAUAG